UCUGGACAGAUCACAAGUAGUUCAUCUGAAGAAAAGAAGUCAGAUCAAGUGUUACAAAUCCUCAGCACAAUGAAAUCAGUGGCAAUUAUUCUACUUGUCAUUUUCCUAAUCUCUGAAUCCAGAGCUUACAAGAAGGACGACAGCUAUGAGGAAGAGGAUGGCAAAAAAUUCGGAGGUCAUCAUCAUCAUUCUCAUGGUCACAAGGGGCAUAAAGGACACAAAGAAGAUCAUCAUUUUGAUAAAGGUGAAAAGAAGAAAUACGGAGAGGACGAUCACAAACACCACUACGAAGAGGAGGGCGGAAGUAAGAAGAAACACUCCGAGGAGGAAGAGAAAUACAGUGAGCAUCAUGAAUCAGGCAAAGGAAGUAAAGGCGGAAAACAUGGUCACAAGAAGGGACAUAAGAAAGGUUCUAAAACCACAGGCUUCCAUAAGAAAGCCCACAAGGAUGAGUACCAUAAGGAAAGCAAAUUCUAUGAUGACGAGCACAAGGGAGGACAUCAUAAGAAGCACGGCAAGGAACAUGAGCAUCAUCACAAGGAAGAGGGCGGUCAUAAGAAAGGAGGACAUCAUGAAUCAGGACAUAAGAAAGGCCAUAAGGACGAUAAGGGACACUAUGAUAAAGGACAUUUUGAUGAUGAUCAUCAUGGCCAUGAGAAAAAGCAUGGUCAUGAUAAUCACUUUGAUCACUUUGAGGAUUAUGGAAAGAAGGGAGGUAAGAAGGAAGAACAUUCACAUGGAUUUAAAGUGAGCGGUCGUCAUCAUCACUAAACCAUGUGGCUGUGGUAACCACAAACAAAUAAAUACUGGGGAAUAUAUUACCCAUAAAUAGUUAGUGUUACUUUCAAAUAUACACAAAUAAGAAAUAAAUAUAGUUUGGAAUCA